AUGAAGAAACAGAAAAGGUCGGUUCACGAUGGCACUGAGAACCCCGCUGUGAAACAGAAGGACACUAAACACCAUUUUUUCGAAACAAGGUUUCGUCGCGAACCCAUUCCGAACAUAACACCUACAGCAGAUCUGGGGAGCGAACAUCCCAGUCUCGCAGGACUUACAGAGCCAGGAUACGCUGACAUUUCGAUCAGAACCUUUACUAUUGCUUCAAAAACCGGCACACGAUGGCAAUAUGGUUGGAUACACAACCAAACACCAUUUUUGCGAAACGAACUUCGUCGUGAGCCCGCUCCAAACACAACACCUACAGCAGAUCUGGGGAGCGAACAUCCCAGUCUCGUAGGACUUACGGGGCCAGGAAACGUCUGGGAAAAAU